AUGGUUCUCAUCUCGCUGGGUCCUCUGGCUGGCGACGUCCACCUCCUCAACCGCGCGUGCAAGGGUGCCGGCACGCACGAGGACCUCCUCACCGAGAUUCUCAUUGGCCGUUCCAACGAGGAAAUGUUCCUGCUCAAGGAACAGUACCGCCGUACCCACAACAAGGACCUCGUCCAGGUCGUCCGCGGCGAGCUCAGCAUGAAGACUGAGCGCAUGUUCGUCAUGGCGCUCACCGGCACACGCGACGAGUCGACGUUUGUCAACCACCAGCAGGUCCAGCAGGACGUCGAGACGCUCUACCGCGCCGGCCCGGGCAAGAUUGGCACCGACGAGAUCGCCAUCUGCGGUAUCCUUCUCCAGCGCUCAGACGCGCAUCUCGCAGCCAUCGCCCAGGCGUUCCCGCAGCGCCACCGUGUGUCGCUCACACACAUGAUCGAGUCCGAGUUCUCGGGCCACAUGAAGGACGCGCUCCUCCACGUCUCGCGCGGCGCCGAGCAGGACGGACAGGGCGUUUACCGCGACACCCAGCUCCUCGAGGCUGCCAUGGCCGGCAUGGGCACAAAGGACGAGCGUCUCUGCUACCGUAUCUCCCGCUACCACUGGAACCGCCCCCGCUUCGGCGCCAUCAAGAACCAGUACCAGCAGUUGUACCGCCGUUCGCUCCGCCAACGCGUCGAGGGCGAGACCUCGGGCAAGUACGAAAAGGCCCUCGUCGGCAUCAUCGAGCAGAACUAG